AACGACUCUCACAUCACAGGAAAUAUCACUGAGUUCAAGACUGAGAAUCUGACUGCUGUCACACAGAGACACAGCUCAACUUUGACCUUUAACCCUUCAGCUGAACACCACGGCACCGAUGUCACCUGUAAGGUCAGCUUCACAAACAACAUCACUACAGAGGAGACAGUGACUCUGAAUGUGACUGAUGUGAAGAAACCUCAAAUAACUGGAAAUAGAACCAUAAAGGAGGGCGACACUCUGCAUCUGACUUGCAAAACUUUCCCUUCGUCUCUCGUCAUGUGGACUCAAGUCCCAUCCAACAAAAACCUGCACAAUAAAACUGGAAUUGGCCCGCAGAACAAUACUGAAACAGCCACUAUUGUCAUCCAUAAUGUGACAGCAGAACAUACUGGACAGUAUGUCUGUACAGCAGUACACUUUAACAUGACUGUGUAUGCUAAUGUAAUUGUGACUUUGCAUCCAAAGAUCCUAAACAGCUCUAGAUGCAAAAAUAAGUUGGAGGUUCUGACCUGUGUGUGUAUCAGUCAGGGCUCUCCUCUACCCACCAUUGAAUGGCCGCUGUUAGAGAACCACCCUGAGUACUUUGUCAGUACCAGUGUGUCAAACCUUACAGUCAACAGCACCGUCAUCCUAACUGUUAAAAACCAGAAUAACACUGUUGAGUGUGUCAGCAGAAAUAAAAAUGGAGAAGUAAAAGGGAACCUCAUUGUGGACGAAGACAAAGAAGGAGAAGAAGGUCAUGCAGGUCAUAUAAUGAAAUUGUUAGGAGUUGUGACUCGGCUGGAAAUGAUCAUUACAUUUUUUAUUGGCGCUCUUAUAUCCGCAGUCAUUUGCUGCUUGGUGACAAAAUGCCACAGGAAAAAACAGAGGACCUAUGGAAAUGUGACUGAGACUCUGGAGAUGGUGACAAGUCACGAGGAGCCACUGAUUGAUGCUGGUCAAGCAGUGGAAGAUGAACAGGCCAUCGACCAAGAGGCAGCUGAAGCAGGAGGAGCUGUGGCGGCAGGGAAAUCAGAUGUGGAGUACUCCAACCUUGAUUUCUCCCUGAUUAAAAGACCAAAUCCAGCGGAGGCAGGGACAACACAAGGGACCCCAGAGACAGAGUAUGCUGAAAUUAAAAAAGAAAAAGCAAAGGAGAGAGAAGAUGGAGAGGGAAGAGAGGAAGAGGAGAUGAUAGGGGAGGAUGAGGAGACAAAGUAUUGUGUACCAGAUGAGGAGGAAGGUGAGGAUGGGGCACUGUAUUCCACUGUGAAGGAUGUAAUGGGUGAGGAUAGUGUUGCUUAGUUGUUUGAGAAAUACUUCUCUAAUUUGUUCUGAUGUGGUAACUUCUUGCUGUCAAAAGCCAAAAUGAGCCCGGUGGUAAGCCUCAAAUAAUUAACAUUGUUUAAGCAUCAUAAUAUAGUACAAGUCAUUUGCUGAAUCAGCUCUGCUCAUAGCACUGAUCACUGUAUUGCACUGUAUAAAAGGUUGUAUUAGUCUAGAUAAUAUUUUUUAUUAGUUUUUGUAGAUAAAUGUGUUUGGGACCAUUGACAGUAUAUAAUUAGUGGACAGGGCUUCCGCAUCUGUGAAGUGAAGCCAAUGUGGAAAAGUCUUAAACCUGCAUUCCUUCUAGUGGCCAGCAGGGGGCAGCUUCAUGGGUUGCAGAAAAACAAAAAGUCUGAUAGUAUUGAUGCUUAUGGGGAAUCAAUGACCCUACUUCUCACUUGAUUUGUUGGCUAAUUUAUUCCUAAUGCGUUUAUGGUCUUAAUCUCUAGUUUCAAUUCUUCUUCCAUACAGCAUAAUAGUAAUUUUUGUAAAUGAUGUUCCCAUUUAGAGUAAAAUACAUGAUAAAGCAGGGUAUGCUUUAGGGCGUGGCUACCGUGUGAUUAAGUCGUUUUUAGUGAGUCUGUCCAGUGCACUUUACGACUCAGAUCAGACUGUCUAAGUAGUGCAUCCCUGCAGCUGGCUAUGAAAAACCAACAUGGCGAUGGCAAUAAAGCAGAACUUGAAGUACACCACAAACCAAUGGACGAUGUCGAAGAUGUGUAGAAGGGUAUUUUGUGUUAUUGUGCCUUUUUUUGUAUAUGAUUUUUUUUUUUUAAUAUAAGUUUAUGCAAUGUACAUAGAAUGUUUAAAGUUGAAAUAUAGUAGUUAGACUUUCUGGGCCAAUCACUUAAUUGCUUCCUUCCUCAGAGGUAGAAGAUAAAACCACUCACAUGUCUGUGCAUUAAGAAUACAGCUAGCGCCAGCAGACAGUUAGCAUGAAGACUAGAAACAAGAAGGAAAAGAUAGCCUGCCUCUGUCUAAAGCUGAAAAUGCAUCUACCACCAGCUCUAAAGUUCACAAUUUAAAACUCUGUACAAAAACAGAAAACACACAGUGAUGUCCUCAUGUCGAGGUUGCCUGGCAACCUCAAUGUGACGAAAGUGUGUUACUGCACCCAGAUGUUAAUCACAGAUGAGAAAAGUGUUAACUUAGUUAUCAGAAAGACAAGGCUAGGAUUGCUGGCCAUUAAAAUGUUCUUUUAGGUUUUUGAAAUGUUGAAUUUGAGUCCAAUUAUUGUAUUUCAGAGGAAUUCACAUAAUAUAUUGGUGUAGAAAAAACAUAAAACAGCGCUGUAUUGAGCUGCAAGACAGACAGGAAAUGGUGGUGUGAAAGGAUGUGAGCCAAAAAUAACAACUGAAACACAUUUUGCAUAUACUGGGUUCCUUGUAAAAGGGAACAAAGCAAGAUUCUGCAGCUUUUCUCUCUUUAUAAUAUGUGAAAAUUCAUAUAACUGUUUUAUUAAUGAAGGAUAACAGAAUUAAACUGCCAACUGUCAGAUUGAUGACCAUGUUUUUUGUGUGUCUACAAGAAUGAUGCCUACAUCAAAAAUUUAAUUCUUUACAGGUUCUGCGUAUCAUCAUUAACUGACAAAUCUUUAUACCUGAAUUACAAAAUAGGUAGUCAUUUAAUUUCAUACACCUGAGCCUGAUCUGUCACACUUAAGGUUUAUAGUAAACUUAGGGCAAUAAAAAAAUACUUGGUUAAGGCUCUGACUUUAAUUUAUACAUCUUUAUCUUUUGUUGUUUUUUUUGUUGUUUUUUUUGGAAGUGUAGAGGAACAGAAAUCAUGUAAAGGUCAUGUAAAGUGAAAUUGAACCGUGGACAUUGCAGUAAUUUGGUGUGCGCCUUAACCAUUUGACAAUUAGGACACCUAAUAUCUCAUCUUCAACAUUGUGGACAGUGAGGAGAAACAGUAUUGUUAAUAAAUAUAUUUUCUAAGGUACUUCCUUGCCAUACUGAUGAGUUUUGGCCAUUCUUUAACAAUUGUGCUUAUUAGAAAAUAUUUUCAUUGUAAUAAUAUUCCUGCUAUUGCUUGAUAAUAAUAACAAUGUAAGCUGUUUUAAAAAAAUAAAUGCUAA